AUGCGCGCACUGCUGUACUUCGUCGCCGUUGCCACAGCCUUGUUCAGCGCGAGGGCUUUCACGCCCGCUGGGCACUGGGUUGACACAUGGGUGACCAUGCCCCAGCUGACCGAGUAUUACAACGUGCCAAAUCCACCAUUCAAUGGUACGAACUCGAUAUUCACGAAUUUGACCAUCCGUCAAAUUCUGCACACCUCGAUCUCGGCCGAGUCAUACAUCCGCGUCCGCAUCUCGAACGCGUUCGGUGUGAAUGACCUACCCAUCACCGAAGUCGCAGUCGCGUUGCCUCUCGAUGGAGCCGCGGGUUCGCCGCAGAUCGUGCCAGGCUCCUCUGUACCGCUUACCUUCUCCGGGAACACCUCCAUGAUCAUCCCGGACGGCGCUCAGGUUGUGUCAGACCCGAUUUACUACCCCUUCGAAGCCCAGAGCAUGGUGACGGUGACGCUCUACACCGAGGCUGGCCAAGAGGGCUUCUACAUCAUGAGCCAUCCGCGCAGUCGCACCAACACCUGGUACAGCUUUGGCAAUUACGUGGAUGCUCUCAACUUGACGGACCCCUCGACCCAGUACGAAGCUCAUUGGUUCUUCCUGAGCGGAAUCGAGGCUUGGUCACCAUCAACGGCGAGCGGGUGGGUGAUCGUUGGUGACAGUAUUACCGAUGGUCGUGGCAGUGACACCAACGAGAACAACCGUUGGCCCGAUCUGGUCCUUGCUAAGAUGCAAGAGAACCCCUACACAGCCAACAUCGCGGUCCUUACAGCGCUCUGUGCAGGUGGCAACCGCAUCCUCUACGACGGACUCGGUCCGAACGCGCUCGGGCGCGUCGACCGCGACGUGCUUGCGCAGUCCGGGAUCAAGUACGCGAUGAUCUUCGAGGGCGUGAACGAUAUCGGGACGGCAGCGACGGACGUCUACUCGCAGCAGGUUGUCGGCGACCGACUCAUUCAGGCGUUCGAGCAGAUCAUCACGCGUAGCCGCAGCGCGAGAUCACGCGUUAACGCCUGGAUCAAGGACAGCGGCAAGUUCGACGCGGUCAUCGACUUUGACGCGAUUUUGAACCCGGCGUACAACUCGGGGGAGUACUUGCAUCCGAACGCUGCGGGGUACACGGCGAUCGCGGAUGCGUUCCCGAUUGACCUUUUUGAGAGGUUCGCGUUCGGUGUGGAUAGCUUCCAGUAG